AUGUAUAACGGGGUGUAUCUCGGAACCAAACCGAGUUGGAGCUCAAAACUCCGGGUGUGGGGAGCCCCUGGGGGUCCCCUUCAGACCCCACUGUCCCCAGCUCCUGGGAUCUUCCGGUUCCGAGAUACGGACACUUCCUGUCCAGCUUUGAUCAGGUAUAUCUCGGGAACCAAACCGAGUCGGAGCUCAAAACUCCGGAUGUGGGGAGCCCCUAUGGGUCCCCUUCAGACCCCCAAGUUUCGAGGUCCUGGGCCCUUCUGUUUCCGAGAUACGGGAACUUCCUGUCCAGAUUUGACCGAAUGUAUCUCGGGAACCGAGCCGAGUUGGAACUCCAAACUCGGUGUGUGGGGAGGCUGGACCUCUCCGGUGUCAGACGUCGCAUCCACAAAGGCGGCGGGCAUGUAUCUGGCACGUUCAGUGGAUGCCAGAAAGUUGUGGAGAGCCACGCACGCCUUCACGAGCUUCACCGCUUUUUCAGAGGACACUUCGCUUGGUCCACUUCGCUUGGUGAAUGAUGACAAAAAUCCAAAUUGCAAAGUCAAGACAAUCAUUGUUGAUGGAAGGCCACACCUGUGUCUGUGUACUAUAAGACAUAUCUUUCCAGAUGAAGAGGUCACAUACAACUAUGGGGAUUCCUCUUGGCCUUGGCGUUUAAGGGAAUUGUGUGACGAGACAUCAGUGGCUGUGACUGAAUGCAGAGUGAAUCCUUCCUCAACAGUGAAACAGAAAGAAUUGUGUGACGAGACAUCAGUGGCUGUGACUGAAUGCAGAGUGAAUCCUUCCUCAACAGUGAAACAGAAAGAAUUGUGUGACGAGACAUCAGUGGCUGUGACUGAAUGCAGUGUGAAUCCUUCCUCAACAGUGAAACAGAAAGAAUUGUGUGACGAGACAUCAGUGGCUGUGACUGAAUGCAGUGUGAAUCCUUCCUCAUCAGUGAAACAGAAAGAAUUGUGUGACGAGACAUCAGUGGCUGUGACUGAAUGCAGAGUGAAUCCUUCCUCAACAGUGAAACAGAAAGAAAAAGACAAAUGAAUCAGGAUGAAACUGAGAACUCCAGAGAGACCAAAUCAAGGAGAAUAGCGAAAAGGCCAUGGAGCCCAAAUGAAGUUAAUGCUUUCGUGAAACAUUUCCAUAUUUCAAAGGGACACCUAGCAACAAAGAGCUGUGCAAGACUGCAGAGGACCCUGUCCUGAGAGAAAGAAUGGCCCAAAAUAUAAGGCAUUUCGUGAGGAACCGAGGUUUGAUGUUGAAAAAGAAAUCUUCUUAGAGUUCUUCGAGAGAUCAGUAUCGCCUUCCAUUAAAGGUGGUAUCGCUGAUACCACCUUUAAUGUCUGUGCGUUUUGUUCUGUAAAGUUCUCUAAAGUGUUGUUGGGCCAGAAGAGUGUUCAAGACAUCCUUUUAUAUACUUUUAUUAAACACUGUUUUGAAAGAAAUGUACAAAUACAUGCAUUUACUGGAAGGCAUUAUGUGCUUAUUAGAUCUCAGUUGUUGAGCCUUCUUUUUUACCAUUUGCAAAUAA